UUCAAAUAUUCCGACAAAUCAGCCGGAAGGUAAAUUUGAGAGUUGGAAGGGAGCACUCUGAACUCUCCAAUCCGGAACAGACGGCAGCGAAGAUUCCGACUUCGAUGGAUCCAUGUUCAAUAUUCGGACUCGUCACCACCUGUGUGACCAUCGCGGGUGGUGCCUCGCGACUAGUACAUCAAUUGCACUCCCUUCGCACCCGGCUCCAGUCCGUCGAUGUACGGAUGCAGCUCUUGGAAACACAGGUGAGGGCUUUGAAAACAGCGACAGCCAAUAUCUCGGAGUGGCUGAAGGAUUCCCCCGAGGACUUUGGUCGCAAUGAAGAGCCCGCUGUGGACCUUGGGGCUGUGCUUGAAGCAUGCGAUACGCUGAUCCUUCUGCUUCAAGAGCACGCAUCCAAAGCGCUGUCAAGGGUUGACAGACUGGGCUCCAUCGAUCUACAGGCAAAAAUCAAGACUCUCUGGGAGGAGGAUGACAUAAAAGAGCUGCAAGAACUCCUUCGGAAUCAAGUCCAAAGCCUGAAUCUGAUGCUGCAGUGCUUUCAGUUGCCAUCUAGAGCGGAUCGGAGAGCGAUGUUAACAAGCGCAGACAUGCGGGAAAGCAUCAAAAAAGCGCAGGACACUUCGUCUUCCCUUCGAUGGUUGAUGGACGAUGAAUCCUGCCUCACGGAGAAAACAACUGGUACUCGUGCGAGCAACUGCUUGGAUCAUAACGUAACCUUUGACUUUGACGCCGAAGUUAUGGGGUCACGGGUGUAUCGCGAUACGUUUGCAUCGAUGAUCGGCAACGACUUGAGAGGGGGCCCGAAAGAAAUGCCGCUUCCUAGCUCGUCAGGGGCAUCCCUCAAUGAGAAGACCCAAGCACAUCGAACUUCGGAAAACCGAAUGUCCGAAAAGCCUAUACCAGGAGACCGAAAUACCUUUUCGACUAUACUGCAUACUGAGGCCGGAAGGCAGCGGGCACUGGAUGGCUUGUUAAUGACUCGAAACACAAUGAAAGCCACCGAACUCCUCCAACGGUGGAUUUCCCCGGAGUCUCACACAGCCGUCGUUUGUGAGAACGCCAUCUGGAUCCUCCAGACCGAGCCACAGUGCGAAUCCGAAUGGCAGAUUCCCGUUGCUUAUGCAUUUGUCUCCGACAGCUUCUGCGAGCUAGGAAUGGUCCCGAUCAAGGCCAUUUGA